UUGACAGAUGUGCUGUGCUGUGAAUGGAUUUAUUCCAGAAAUUAUUUUUACAGCAAAAUUCUACGAGUAAAUCUUUACAGUUUGCGUAUUCACUAAAAUCGGUACACGUGUACCUUCGCUAAUGGUAUUUCGUAACAAUUACUUUCAAUUUAAAUGUAUACAAUCAGUGUUAGAAAUGUACUAAUUGACAGAUUAUUUUGGGACACGUAAGUCUAGAACUAAUGAGAUAGUCUGUGCCUGUUUAGUAAACAAUGAGGGGGAUUAAGGUGUUUAUAAUAUGUUUGUGUAUAAUCGUGUCGGCGGCGGAGUUGCUUGGGCCGGAGAGCAAGAAGAAAAAUGACAAGGAUAAAGAACAGACUGAGGAAGAUCGCGCUGAGUCAGAGCCUCUGGAUUUCGAGCAGGAAUACAUCAAAGGGCUGAACAAGGAAAUUAUAACGUUACAUGAGUAUGCUGAAGCUAUACGGAAGACCCAAGACUUGCCCAAAGAAGAUGAAUUGACUGAAGAUAAUCAACUAAAGCAGAUGGAGUUUUCUCUCAAAAUGCUGAAGAAGAGCCUUCUACGGCAUACAGAAGGAACUUGGCUCGGAGAUUUGAAAGAUGAGGAAUCUGAAGGGGGUGAUCUGAAACCAGAUGACAAUCCCCAGGACCUUCUUGACACAUUGCCACCUCUGCCUGAAGAAGAGGUACCGGAACUGACACCAGAGCUAAAAGAAGCUAAAGAGCUCUACGACGCAGCCCUCGCGAAGCUGAACCGCCGUUCGCCCGACCUUCGUGCCUCCAUCCUCCAAGUUAAAGAGGCUGCUGACAUGGGCUACGCCCCGGCUAAGAUCAAGUUAGCUUGGAGCUAUCUGUUCGGAGAGGGAGUUGAGCUAGAUUUGGACAAGGCUCGGGGUAUCUUUGAGGAGCUGGUUGGGGAAGGCAAUGCUGAUGCUCAUGCUGGCAUGGGCUUCCUGUACGCAACCGGUAUCGCAGUCCCGGUGUCGCAAGCGAAGGCGCUAGUCCACUACACUAUAGGCGCGCUCGGGAACAGUGACUACGCGCAGAUGGCGCUCGCGUACCGUUACUGGGCGGGCGUCACGGUGCCCAGCUCCUGUCAGAAGGCCAUGGAUCUGUACAUGAAGGUCGCUGCUAAAGUGGCGAGUGGGGUGACCUUGAACGGAGGCCCGUCCAUCCAGCGCACGCGCCUGCUGGACGAGGCCGGCGCGGGCGGCGGCGGGGCUCUAGACUCCGACCUCAUCGAAUACUACCAGUUGUUGGCUGAAAAGGGAGACGUGCAAGCUCAGGUCGGUCUGGGACAACUGCACUUCCAAGGCGGUCGCGGCGUGACGCUGGACGUCAAUAAAGCGCUGCACUACUUCUUGCAAGCGGCCAAGGCGGGAAAUGCCGUGGCCAACGCUUUCCUUGGAAAGAUCUAUCUAGAAGGCGGUGACGGCAUCAAGGCGGACAAUGAGACAGCGUUGAGAUAUUUCCGCAAAGCCGCCGAACAGAACAAUCCGGUCGGGCAAAGCGGGCUGGGCAUUAUGUACUUACAGGGCCGAGGAGUGCCAAAAGACACGGCGGCUGCGCUGAAAUUCUUCACCAUGGCCGCCAACCAGGGGUGGGUCGAAGGACAACUGCAUCUCGGCUUCAUGUAUUUCAGCGGCAUCGGCGUCCGACGCGACUUCAAACAAGCCAACAAGUAUUUCUCUUUGGCUUCCCAAUCGGGACAUGUAUUGGCCUUGUACCAUUUAGCACAUACUCACGCUCAAGGAUUGGGUGUUUUGCGAUCCUGUACCACAGCCGUUGAGCUUUUCAAGAACGUAUGCGAGCGUGGCGCGUGGGGCUCCCGCCUGAUGUUAGCGCACGCGGCCUGGCGCGCCCGAGACUCCGACUCCUCAUUGCUGCAAUACCUGUCCCUUGCUGAGCGAGGGUAUGAACUCGCCAUGUCCAAUGCUGCCUUCCUGCUUGAUAUCGGCGAAGUAAGCUUGUUCCCCGAAGAGGAGCGCUACCGCCGCGCCCUGCAGCUGUGGGGCCGCGCCGCCGCGCAGGGCUACUCCGCAGCGCGCGUCAAGCUCGGCGACUACCAUUACUACGGCCAGGGCACGCACCAGGACUUGGAGGCCGCUGCUCAUCACUACAGGAUAGCAUCAGAGCAACUCCACAACGCCCAAGCCACCUUCAACCUAGGUUACAUGCACGAGCGAGGCCUAGGUCUCACUCAAGACCUGCAUCUAGCCAAGCGUUGUUACGACCUAGCGGCCGACACUUCGCCUGACGCUAGAUUACCCACUGCGCUGGCUUUAGCUCGACUUAACGCUGAAGCGGCUAUUACAAAACUGGCUAAUUCCGUCUGGGUGACCCCCUUCGCAGCCGCCAUCGCCGGCGACGCGGUGUCCAAUUGGGACGUGUACCUCAUCACAGCGCUACUCGGCGCACUCGGGCUGGUCGUUUAUUUGCGGCGACCACCAAACUGACCCUGGAUCGUGCGCAUCAUUUUACCAGGGCGGGCCAACUGACUCAGUUCUACCCUAAUGUCUAUACUACGACACACUAUAUAGAGACAUUGGCUGGAAAUCGUUAGAUAUAUCUAAGAUAAGGCGCUUGCAAAUAUCUGAACGCGCUACUUUUGUCAAGAUAUUUGAUUAUCAUGAAAUGAAACUAUGGAAACGGAUUAAAUCGCGUAUAAUGAAUUUACAAUUCAUCCCGACGAUCAGUCACCCGUUGACCACGAACGCUGUAAAGUGUUCGAAACGUCGGGAUGAAUUGUAAAUUCAUUAUACGCGAUUUAAUCCGUUUCCAUAGUUUUAUUUCAUGAGUAACUAUCGCGGUAACCGAAGACAAUAUUAAAUUUGAUUAUGUUAAGAUAUUUUUGAGCAAAUCGACACUCCGAUAUAUCUGAUGGUGGCUGUAUCAUUACAACUUACAACAGCAAAAAUGAAAGUGAUCAUUACAACUAUGUGCAUGUGAUCAUCGUAAUAUUUGAAUUGUGUCAGUACUGGACAAAAAGACCUAGUCGGUUUCAAUAACUGGGUAUUUAUGAAUCGUCUGAAUAGGCAACUGACUAUAUAUAGUGGAGGAUUCAAAGACUUACCCCCUUAUUCAUACACGUACUCUAAAGUUAUCAAGCCGGUAAAGUUCGUUUGUC